GGCUGGGUUUGCAGGUACGGCGCAAGAGGGAGCGCUACGUUGCAGUUUCACUCCUCCGACGUGCGCACGAAUGUGCCGGGAAACUUGCAUCAGCUUGCACCCCAUAGUUGUGCAGCACUGAAAGUGUACAGCUGCAGCAUGCCCACUGCAGCUUGACUGCAGCAAACGACGCGACACGUGCACGACGCCGACGCGACGAUGCGGCCCUCCGCGGCCCGCGCGACGUUGCUGGCAGUCGCCCUGAGCUACGGCUCGCAGGACGUGGCGCUGCGGCUCGUCCUGACGCUAACCGCGGCGCCGUCGCCGCCGGCCGUGGCCCUGGUCAAAGCGUUGAUCCAGGCCGCCGCGUUCGCGCCGCCCUACUUUUUUUCGAGGCGCGACGGCGCCGCUCCACCCUGGUCCGUGUCGCUCGGCCUCGCGGCGGCACUCGUGGCGUCCAACGAGUUUCUGCUCGAGGGCAUCAAGCGGACGUCGGCGGCGAAGGCUGCGUUCCUGCUCCAGUUGUCCGUCGUGUUUACGCCGAUCCUGGAAUACCUUGUGCUGCGGCGACGGCAAGGCGCGCGCGUCUGGCUCGGAGCAUUGUGUGCGUGCGUGGGCUGCGCGUUUCUGACGAGCAGUCCGGACGACUCCUUCGUGAUCGUCCAGCAGCGGACCGGCGAUUUACUGGUCGUGGCCGCGGCGACGGCGUGGGCGGCGUACAUCGUGCUCACGGCGGCGAUCCCGCCGGACGCGGGCGCGCUCGAGGUGCAGGCCCGCAAGAACCUCGCCUGCGCCGGGUUCUACGCGCUGAGUGGAAAUUAAAUUUCGGGCGCCCCACGCCAUCGACGCGAUGUUGUCUACACAGGUUCUACGGCAUCUGCUGGGCCUCGUCCGCGUCCGUCGAGGCCUCGGGCGCCUGGACGCCGCGCGCUUUAUUGGUUGUAGCCUACUGCGCCCUGGUCCCAGGAGCGCUCGCGGACGUGCUGCAACAAGGAGCCCAGGCCGCGAUUCACGCGGCCGAGGCGUCAAUCGUCCUCUCAUCGGAGCCGAUCUGGGCGGCGCUCCUCGCGGCGCCGGUGCUCGGCGAGGGCCUCACGGCACGCGUCGGCGGCGGCGGCGCCCUGAUCUUCGCGGGCGCGGCGCUCGCGGCGAGCGGCUCUAGCCCGGGCGCCGAGGCGGCGGCAUUCCUCGACGCGGCAUUCGCUGAUGUGCAAGUUGAGGCUUAAGUUUAAGUUAAGCCG